AUAUGCUGGCAUACAUCUCUGACAUUUGAAAGCAUGGGAAUUCAUCCACAUACGCUCCGAAUCACCCCGGAACACUUGGAAUCUCGUUCUCUCACAGCAGGAUCGCGUCGGCCCAGGGAAUUCACCUAUGCAGGUUGACGGAAUAUAUGUCUUCUUUCUUUGACAACUCUUGAAUGACGAUAGGCUGCAAGCUAUCGCGUGUUCGUUUAUGGGCGCAUGUAAUGGAUUCCCCGAUUUCUCCAGAAGGGAUAAAAGGCUCAACGAUAGCUCGUCUUCUUUCUCAACAACUCUCAUUUCAUCUAUCAAGAUGUCUCUUUCAACAACUUACAAAGCCUACGCCUUCCUCCAGGCACAUGGGAACCUGCAGCCCAUUUCUAUCCCCUGGAAGGACCCUCAAGCGAAUCAAGUUGUUGUGAAGGUUCUGGCGUGUGGUGUUUGCGCAGGUGAUGAAGUCGUGCAACACCAAAGCUUUCCAACUGGCCUUCCUCGCAUUCCUGGGCACGAACUGGUUGGCGAUAUAGUGGCAGUCGGACCUGACGUGAGAGCGUACAAGGUCGGCGAUACAGUCGGCGGCGGGUGGCACGGUGGACAUUGUUUCACUUGCACCCAGUGUAUUUCUGGCCAUUUCAACUUGUGUGACCAACAGGCUAUAAACGGCAUUCUGAGGGAUGGUGGUUAUGCAGAAUAUGCUACUCUGCGGACUGAGUCCGUUGUGCGAAUUCCUGAAGGUAUGGAUCCAGCGGAGGCCGCGCCGCUCAUGUGCGCUGGAGUUACAACCUUCAACUCACUGCGCAACAUGGGGCUCAAGCAAGGAGAAAUCGUCGCGGUGCAGGGUAUUGGCGGUCUUGGCCACCUUGGAAUUCAAUUCGCGGACAAAAUGGGGUACCAUGUUGUCGCUCUUUCUUCCUCACCGAGCAAGCGUGAUCUCGCGUUGCGAUUGGGCGCCACUGACUACUUGGAUGCAUCUCAAGUAGAUCAGGUCGCUGAAUUGCAGAAGAUUGGGGGCGCGAAAGUCAUCAUGUGUUGUGCUCCCGAUGCAAAGAGUAUCUCUGCGUUAUUGGGUGGGUUGACCAAGGAUGGCACUCUGCUCUUGCUCGCUGCCACAGAAGAACCAUUGCAAAUCCCUACUCUUCCGAUGUUGAACAGGCGGCUCUCUGUUCGCGGGUGGCCUUGUGGGACGGCGAAGGACUGUGAAGACACGUUGCUAUUUGCGAAACGCAAGAACGUGAAGGCCCUGGUUGAGACUUUCCCCCUCGAUAAAGCUCAAGACGCCUACGACCAUCGCAGCUCUGCUAGGUUCCGCGCAGUAAUCGUGCCUUAAAUGAACAUGUACAAGUUUCAGUAGGCAUCAACUCGCACAGACGAAGUUUACUAUAAGGACCGCGUCUCCACUGUAUUGGAGAAAGGUCGAGCACGUACUAACAGCAUUGUAACUAUGCAACUGUAGAAAUUUAUGUAUUAUACUCGUUUGUCUGUAUCUACUACGUGUUAGGUCGAACGGGACUCAACGUAGAGUCCUACAGAAUAGAGUCAAGCCAACAACAACCCAAAUAAUGUACUAGCACAGCU